UUUUUGAAUCUAUGUGAUAAGGUAACAGUCGGUUGUGUUUAAACCAGAGAUAGUGGCUGUGCGUAGCGAAUUCCCGUAGAUUCUUUAAGGAAAUAUGGUUGUUUUAGGUAUGUAGUUGACUCAUAAAAUACAGCUCUAAGACGGUCAGUCUCUGACGUAGCACCCUCAGACAGGUUUUACCUUAGUCUUAACUAAAAUUAUGCAAGUACUGUGAUCUCUACGUUAUGCAAACUGUAAUGUAAAUGUAAAUGCUUUACUACGCAUUCGUUUUGUGGGUAGAAAAGUGAGGGAUGUUUGAAAUUGUAACCACCAAACAAGGUAUGAUUGUCUAACGCAGGUAUUAUCUUGAUUGAGGGAUGAAAAAUAGGGUUAAUAGUCUUGUCAGACCGGUGAUCAUCUUAUAAAGUAUCAAAUGACCAUAAACACAUUGAGGGACCCAAAUAGGUUCGUCUAAAACAUGAAUGAAUUUACAGAAAAUUGCAAAUAAGACAUAAGGUAAAAUGUGAAAUCUUGUUACUGAAUGCUGAAUCUAAGUUAGAUAACAAAUACAAGGCAUAUUUGCAAGUAUUAAUUCCGCAUAUUUUUCAAUCUUCCUUAAAUUACAACGGUUCUUAAUGCUGAAAUGCGUAAAUAAUAAAUGUAUAUGCAAACGUAAAUAUAAAUUCAAUUGGAAAUAAAAACAAAAUGAACAUGAGAAAAAAAAACGCAGUCAAAUAAUCAUACAAGUAUUACUGAGUUGUCGGCAUUCGCAACAAUUAAUUCUACAAAUUAUAUGAAAACAUAGUAAGCCACAAAAAUACUAGAACUUCCGCAUUAAUAAUAACCUAUAAUAACUGUUCAUGAGGGCAAUACUGGAGAAUAUUGACCGACGUCAAAGUAUUGCCCGAGCUUUCGAGGGCAAUACGUGACAGAGUUCAAUAUUCGAAGGUAUUGCCCGAAAUAAACAGUUAUUAUAUGGAUUAUUAUCCGGGUAUUGCAUUUUACGACAAAAAAUAUAACAUUAAAAGCAGGAAGUAGAAACCAUGUCUUUAUAGAAGCUAUGGAACGUACAUUCGAACUAAAAUUUUUUUUUAAAUCGAAAAGCGUGUAAACAUUACAGGUUUUUAUUGUAGCUACAACAUAAAAUUCUUUAAAAGAUAAAAGUAAGUUUCACUUCUGUUUCGCGUUUUGUUUACUUUUUUCCGUGUUUAUUUACAUUUAAUGCUACCAUAUUUAAACUUUAAACACGGUUGCUAUGGUAGCGGGCAAUACCGAGGAAUACUGCCCGCUAUGACGUAAGUUCUAACCAAUCACAUUGCGCAGUUUUUCGAGAAUAUCGAUGCCGCCCUUUUACCCGGGUAAUAGCCACGAGUACCUACUAUUGAGUCACUUUCAUUUGAAUUAAUAAUGCAAUAACUUCAUUUUUUUUCUAUUUUCAUCUAUGGUUUUUAUAUUUACUCAUUUUUUUUUUUUUGUAAAAAACAUUUUACAUACUUUAUCAAAUCUAACAAAUCUAUGCAUAUUUGUAUUUAAUAUCAACUUGAUAGCUAAAAGCGAAAAAAAAGAAGAAAGUAGGAUUAAACUACAACCUCAGGCGCGCAAAAACAGCUUUAUUUAAUUUUAAGCAGCUACAAUAACUGAAGCAAUCGACCCUGAUUCUUCCCAAUUCAACCCUUAUUUAUUUGCUAGUUCUAAUUCAUGUUUAUUUGUAUAUUUUUGUUUUGUUUGAUUGUUUGUUUUGUUUUGCUUGUGUUUAUUAGCUGUGUGUGUUUUUUGUUUGUUUGUUCGUUUGUUUGUUUGUUUGUUUGUUUGCCUGCAUAUGUUAAAAAAAUGGUUUAUUUAUAUUAUAUAUAUUUUAAACAUAUUUUAUGUACUUUUACUAGUCAGCCACAAAAAAAUGAUAGAUAUUAUUUGGCCGCACCUCUAGCUGUAAUGUGAUAGCUCUAGCUACAUCUAUUAAUUUUACAUUUGCGAAAUAUAUUUACAUCAAAUUUGCAUCCAUUAAUUUAUUAAGCACAUCAGGAAUGGCUAAGUCAAAGGGACAUCUGCUUAGGAAGAAUAUACAUUAUUUAUUUGAAAAGAUUGAUUGAACAUGUAAUAUUUUCACAUUUUAAUUUUUUAAUGAUAAAAUAAACAAACGAAAACAUUCCAACAAUGCAAUGUAAAAUGGUGAAACGAUGUUACUGGAAAGAGUUUUUUCUUCAAGAUACUAUAUUCAGAUUAACCGUGUGAAAUAACGUCGGAUGUGAAUAAUAAAAGAAUUUAUUCUUCUUUAUUGCAGGAAGUGGUGCAGUGAUAAACGAGGCUUGUUAGCAAUAACACCAGAUAUAAAGUUAAUAGCCCUUAGUCUGAUUUACAACAGUUCUAUUACUUAACCUUUGCAGAUGUAAAUUCGCAAGUAUAUUUUAGACUUGUGUGUCUUUUUAUCAAGAUCUAAAGCGCUUUUUUUAUCAGUUGACACCAUGGUUUCCUUACGGUCUGUCAUGGGUGCGAAUCGUAAACCACCCGGCCCAAUGAAGCCACCGUCGCACGACUUAGUCAGUGAUGCGUUAAUCUCCGAGCUUCAAUUCCAAAUAAAAGAAAGUGAAGACUUUAAAAAAGAACUUCAGCGGCGUAAAAACGAAGACUUGGGAAGGCCUGAUUAUUCCUGGCUAAUGAAUUCUGCGAAAUCAAACCGAAUAACGCAAGUCACGCGGAUGGAAAUUGAAGAAAUAUCAAAGCUUAUAGGCGUAGACUCAGUUAGCACUAUAAUAUCACAAUUUCGUGAACUAAUCAACAAAGAAAUACCUGUUGAUAAACUAGCUUCAUAUUUAAAAUUUGUUUUACAUCAACAUGUUAAUGGGAAGGAUAAACCACAAGCAGGAAAAUAUGAAAAUUAUAAACAGCUAAAAGGACUCCGAGAGGAAUACACCGCCCGCAGUAGCAGCGCUGCAACUCUACAGCCUGCGACGAUCGAUAAACCAAACAGACCUUUAUCAGCUCCCCUUUCAAAUAAUCGGAGAAUUUUAAAACGUGGUAAGGUGCAUCCUGGUGCAGAAAGUGGUAAAAACAAAAAUCAUUCCUAUGUGAUUAAGUUAGAAGAUCUUGACGAAAAUGAAAAUGGUGUCUCUUUAUUUAUGCCGAACGAUGAAGCGCGGAAAGGAUACGGAACAACAUAUGCAUAAUACAAAAGAUCUAUGCAAUCUCGUUUGGAUAUCUCGUAUAUAUCACUAGUAGUAGCAGUAGUAGUAGUAGUACAAUGUUUGACAACAGGUUUUUAUUGAAAUUGGCUUAGUUUUGUAAGCGUUCACAUUGUUAAACUUGGAGAAUUAAUUUUUUACCGAUGCUGUUAUUGCAUUGUCAAGAA